GCAGAAGCUGAGGAAGAUUGUCAUUCUGAUACUGCCAGAGCAGGAGAUGAUGAUGAGAAUGAACGUCCUGCUGAAACAGACCUGCAGGCUCAGCUCCAGAUGUUCAGGGCUCAGUGGAUGUUUGAACUUGCCCCAGGCGUGGGCACUAGCACCAUGGAGACGCGGCCUGGCAGAGCAGCAAGAGGCGCUCUGCUGAAAGCAGCCGCAGACGCCAAAGGAAAGCAAGAACUGGCAAAAGAGGAAAAGGCUCGAGAGCUCUUCCUGAAGGCAGUAGAGGAAGAACAGAAUGGAGCUCUUUACGAAGCCAUCAAGUUUUAUCGUAGGGCUAUGCAGCUCGUACCGGAUAUAGAGUUCAAGAUCACGUACACCCGGUCUCCAGAAGGCGAUGGCAUUGGAAGCAGCUACAUUGAGGACAGCGAUGAUGACAGCAAGAUGGCAGAUCUCUUGUCCUACUUCCAGCAGCAGCUCACGUUUCAGGAGUCUGUGCUCAAACUCUGUCAGCCUGAGCUCGAGAGCAGUCAGACUCACAUAUCAGCACUGCCCAUGGAGGUCCUAAUGUACAUCUUCCGAUGGGUGGUGUCUAAUGACUUGGACCUUAGAUCAUUGGAACAGUUGUCACUCGUGUGCCGAGGAUUCUACAUCUGUGCCAGAGACCCUGAAAUAUGGCGCCUGGCCUGCUUGAAGGUGUGGGGCAGAAGCUGUGUUAAACUUGUUCCAUACUCAUCCUGGAGAGAGAUGUUCUUAGAACGGCCUCGUGUUCGGUUUGAUGGAGUAUAUAUCAGUAAAACUACAUAUAUUCGUCAAGGGGAACAGUCUCUUGAUGGUUUCUACAGAGCCUGGCACCAAGUGGAAUAUUACAGGUACAUAAGAUUCUUUCCCGAUGGCUAUGUGAUGAUGUUGACGACCCCUGAGGAGCCUCAGUCCAUUGUUCCCCGCUUAAGAACCAGGAAUACCAGAACCGAUGCAAUUCUACUGGGUCAUUAUCGCUUGUCACAGGACACAGACAAUCAGACCAAAGUGUUUGCUGUAAUAACUAAGAAGAAAGAAGAAAAACCACUUGAUUAUAAAUACAGAUAUUUUCGUCGUGUCCCUGUACAAGAAGCCGAGCAUAGUUUUCACGUGGGCCUACAGCUGUGUUCCAGCGGCCACCAGAGGUUCAACAAACUCACUUGGAUCCAUCAUUCUUGUCACAUUACGUACAAGUCAACUGGUGAGACAGCGGUCAGUGCGUUUGAGAUUGACAAGAUGUACACCCCCUUGUUCUUCGCCAGAGUGAGGAGCUACACCGCUUUCUCAGAAAGGCCUCUGUAGAGCUGCAGGCCCAGCCCGCCACUGUUGCAUGAACACAAGCAUACAGCGCAAAAGAGCACCUAAGUUAUAAAUAUAUAUACAUAUCUAUAUAUAUGGGAUUGGAAUUUAUUUUAAAUGGUUGGAAUUCUUUUAAAAAGAAUAUAAAUUAUUUUUUUUAUUUAAAGAGAUAGAUGGUUGUUGGGGUGUUUUGUUUUGAAACUAUAAGUCGUUCAAGUACAUUUAUGUUGUAAAAAAUCUUUACAUGGGGUAUAAGGCCAGGCAUGGUGGCAUACGUCUGUAAUCCCAGCACUCGGGAGGCUGUGGCAGGAGGAUCACCAUGAGUUCAAGGCUAGCCAGGACUACAUUGUGAGUUCAAGGCCAGCAUGCACUACUUUGCAAGACCCUGUCUCAAUGCCCCCCAAAUGAGGUGUAAACUCAUGUUCUUUUUCUAGCAGAUUUAUGAGCAGAUUUCUGUCAUUUAAGUCAUCUUCUGCCUGAUCAACCUAGUACUUAAGCACAUCGGGGAGAACCUCACUGGGUCAGUACUUCAUUUCCCGCAUGGCACAGUGUCUUUGCACUAAAGGCUCAAAUGUGAAAACCUGUUCUGGAUUUGUUUGAAACUAUGUAAUCAAUAAAGAUCCUAAAUAAAUGUUUCUCUCAAGGA